GCCCCAAGACAUUCAAAUAGAGUUCGCUUUACUCUUCAAGCCGUAGUCCGUUGGUUGCCAGAAACCAAACGACUUCUCAUUCGCAGCGAGCGAAAUAUUCUUCGCGUUGAACUAUCAUCGGGCUGUUGCUUAUUGUUGAUUGAGCCAUUGCUUCUUCGUUGGAGAUAAUUUGAAGAAAGGAGCACAAUUCAAUAUGGAGAGAGAAAAAGUUUUUCCAUUUCUGCUAAUGGUAGUUGUAGCAGCUUGUUACAGUAAUUCGUUACUGUGUGGUCUUGUAUUUGAUGACCUAGCAGCGAUUCGAGACAAUAGAGAUAUUAGAACACACACCCCUCUCAUCAAUAUUUUUAAGAAUGAUUUUUGGGGAACACCAAUAAAGAAAGAAUACAGUCAUAAAUCCUACCGUCCACUAACAGUUCUUACUUUUCGACUGAACUACGCCGUCCACGGUUUACAGGCUUUUGGCUAUCACCUUGUCAACAUCAUACUUCACGCUUUUGUUUGCAUUCUUUUUCACAGGAUGUGCCUCUAUUUCCUCUCCAGUACUUCCAGCAUAAUAUCCAGCUUGUUGUUUGCUGUACAUCCUAUUCACACAGAAGCCGUAACUGGCAUAGUUGGUCGAGCUGAGCUUUUAUCUGCGUCUGCUUUUUUGAGUGCCUUACUUUAUUACGUACAUCACAGAUAUCAGAAAUCUAGAAAUACCUGGCAAGACUGUGGUACAGUAUCUAUAAUAACUGUUGCUGGAUUACUUUGUAAGGAACAAGCCGUCACAGUUCUGGUUAUUUGCUGUGUAUAUGAACUUUUCUUACCGAAAAGCCCUGGCAGACUACAGAGUAUCCGUUAUUUGCUGUUGGGUCGUGGAAUUGUUUCGCCCUGGUGGAAAGAUAAAUUGCUACGCAUUGGAAUAUUUACCACAGUUCUCACUUUAUCGGUUUAUUUAAGAUGCAGGCUAAUAGGUCCACGUCUCCCAGUGUUUAAUAGAUUUGAUAAUCCUUCAGCUGUAUCUGAAUUCCCAACCAGACACAUGACUUACAAUUAUUUGAUAGCAGUGAAUUCUUGGCUUCUUUUGUUUCCACACUACCUAUGUUGCGAUUGGACCAUGUCUACCAUCCCUCUUAUCACAACUAUUUUUGAUGUUCGAAACAUGGCUACCAUUACCGUCUAUUUCGUUUUCUGGCGAAUUUUCAAGUCUAUUUACAAAUCAGAAGACGAAAUUAGAUUAGCAACGUUAAUGGGUAUGUCUAUGACGAUAAUCCCUUUCAUACCAGCAAGCAAUUUGUUUUUCUCAGUUGGUUUCGUCGUGGCCGAAAGAGUACUGUAUAUACCAAGUAUGGGAUUCUGUAUGCUGGUAGCACAAGGAUGGGAAUUACUAUUCCAAAAAAGAUCUUAUCGUCCUUUCGCAAUUAUUGGCAUCGUCUUAGUAAUAGUCACUGGAAUCUGCAAAACAAUCAUUAGAAACUCGGACUGGCAAACUGAAUACACACUAUAUAAAUCAUCUCUUGCCGUAAACCAGAGAAAUGGCAAACUUUACAACAAUAUGGGUCAAGUAUUAGAAUCAAUGAACAGACAUGAAGAAGCUCUACAGCAUUAUGAAACAGCUAAAAGAAUCGAACCUGAUGACAUCAGAAGUUAUUUAAAUAUUGGACGAGUGCUCACAAAUCUACAUCGAUAUCGUGAAGCAGAAGAAAUCUAUCGUAAAGCACAAUCUUUAAUGCCUCAUUUGGAGCCCAAUUCAGAAGAAACAUACGUAACACCAAGCCACUUGCAACUGUUUCUCAGUUUAGCAUUUCUUAUAUCACAAAAUAACAGUCGUAUUAUGGAAGCAGAUGAACUGUAUAAAGAAGCUCUAAGUUUGAGAUCCGAUUUCACAAAAGCUUACCUAAGUCGAGGUGACUUCCUACUUAAAUUAAAUAGAACUAAAGAAGCUGAAGCUAUGUACCACCGAGCUUUGGAAUACGAAGACAAUAAUCCUGAUCUCUACUUUAAUUUGGGAAUUGUCUUAAUGGACCAAGGUAGAAAUUCUGAGGCUUUGGAAUUAUUUAAUAAAGCUUUAGAACUGGAGCCAGAUCAUGAGAAAUCUUUAGAACUCUCAGCUAUUUUAAUGCAUGGUUCAGGACUUCCGAACGAAAGAAAUUUAGCUAGAGUUCGUUUGGAGAAAAUUGUAGACCGAGGAAAAGAAACGGAACGAGUGUACAUAAAUUUGGGAUUGUUGGCUGUGCACAAUAAAAAUUUUCCUAUAGCAGAAAAAUGGUUCAGAAAAGCUCUUCAGAAGGAUCCUAUUUCCCGAGAGGCACUCUUCAACCUGGCUCUGCUGUUAUCCGAAGAACACAGACAAGCAGAGGCAGUGUUCUCUCUCGAUCAGCUUCUCCAGCACUAUCCAAGUCACAUUAAUGGUUUACUGUUGCUGGCUGACAUCAAUGUCAAUUAUUUGCGCAAUCUUGAUAUUGCGGAAAAGUGCUACCGAAAAGUUCUAGAAUUGGAACCAGUAAACCAAAAAGCUUUACACAAUCUGUGUGUUCUUCAUUUUGAACGUCAGGAUUUUGAAACAGCCGAAAUAUGCUUAACUCAUGCGCUCUCUGUGCAUCCAGGCGUAUCUUACAUCAGCCAACACUUAGAUAUUGUCAGAAAUAUCAUUCGCCAAAAUCAAAAAACUGUUUUGGAACAUUUACAAUCACAGCAUUCUUUCAGCUGACAGAUUGUAAAUUUCGACGCCAACUGAUAGAGCUUUCAAAUUCAAACUUCUUUGCAAGCGUCAGAACAAGAACAUUGCAGGCAUCAGCACAAGAACUUUGCAAGAAACAGAACAAGAAGCUUGUGGUAAAGGAUGGUAGAAAAUGAAGGUCAUGGUCGUAAAUAAAAUUAAUCUUAACAUUGAAUUAAGAUUUUGCUAUUUCGAAGUAAUUUAUGGAGCUAGGCUUACUGACUUAACAUCUUCAAGAAUUUAAAAAAGCAUAACAUGCUAAAGAUAUCUGUAAAUAUCUACAAAAGUUUGCAUUUUUAUAAUAUCCAAGUUAUUUAAGAAACUACCAUGUCUUUGACCAUCAAAGUAUAAAUGUUGCAAUGAGUUUAAGAAUUAAUUGACGGGGAAUGUUUUUCUAUAAUGUCAAAAGAACUUGGAUUUCAUACACUAAUCAGACUUUUUUUUAGAAGUGGUUUCGUUAAACAUAAUGUAAAUGAUAUUUUAACUCAAAGGCAGGUAAAUGUCGAUAUUUUGGCAUUAUGUAAGACACUUUUGAAAUACCAACACAUCCAUAGUUUAUACAACGCAACUUUAAAAUUGAUUCUAAAGAACGCACUUCUUUAUUUAAGGGAAUUUUAUUUUAUAAAUAACCUUAUUUCCUGAACAAUUUCACAACAAUUUAUGUCACUAUCAUCCAGCAUAAUUUCUAAAUACAUUCAAUCAAUGUGUGUAAUAAACAGCAAUAUUCUUAUUAAUUUUAAAAAAUGUCAGUUUUAGGCAUUAUUGCAAAUAUAGUAUUGCAAAGUCAAAUAGAAAAGAUUAAUCCAUUCUUUAUGUGUUUUAUGUGAAAAUUUAGAUUUCACAUUCAAACUCAGAAUAAUUUAAAAAUCAACGCACUAUAGAUUUAAAACAAAAUUUUUAACAUUUUGCAAUAAAAUACCAAUUUCAUUCCAACCAUCAAUAUUUGGUUUUAGAAGUUUUAUUUACGGAAUUCAAAGAUAUUUUAAGCCUUAUCUUAUAAUCUCAACAAACCUAACCAUAUUGGGCUUCGGAUUGAUCGUCUACUACGUAACCAUCAGUUACUGUUUGAAGUUUAACUUUAAAUUUUGUGAAAAAAUACGCGCAAUACAUUUAUUUCAUUGAGCUAUAAUGCGAAAGGAAAUAUAUAAAUAUUAAUUGUGUCUUUAAGAGAAAUUUGUGAGGUUUGGACGAUAUCGUAAUACUUUUCUCUCAACUUCGCACUACAUCAAGCAUAUUCCCUUUAAACUUCUCACUCUCUUCUGAUUUUUGCUAAUACAAUCACUCAGUCCUUUCUCUGCUGUUUUUAUGGACUACCGAGUGCUAAAAUAUUAAACACAUUGCAUGAUGAACUUGUAAUAUUUGCUUAAACUUAUUCAAUAAAAAUUAUACUAUUCUUCACUA